AUGAUCAACCUAGGAUUGGCCCGCAUUGCCAGGCUGGUCGAGAAACGGGAUGCAUUACCAUGGAAAGCCGUCCACGUUGCAGGGACCAAUGGAAAGGGGUCCAUAUGUGCAUAUAUCUCAGCCUUGCUCACUCAGGUUGGCGGCUAUUCCGUUGGGCGGUUCAACUCUCCUCACAUGAUUGACAGAUGGGAUUGCAUCACUCUCAAUGAGACCACUGUUCACCCAAAUACCUUCGCCGCAGCCGAAAAGGAUGUGUUACGGCGGAACGAGCAGCUCAAUAUUGGCGCCAGCGAGUUCGAGCUCUUGAGCGCCACCGCCUUUGACCUUUUUCGGUCUUCUGGGGUGGAUUUUGGCGUCGUCGAGGUUGGCCUGGGUGGAAGGGAAGAUGCCACAAACGUGCUGGAAAAUAAAGCCGUGACUGUCAUCUCCAAGAUUGGGCUGGAUCAUCAGUCUUUCUUGGGCAACACUCUUGCCGAUAUUGCGCUGCACAAGGCUGGAAUUAUGAGACAGGGCGUUCCGUGUGUCGUCGAUGCUAGCAACCCACGUACUGUUCUAGACGCCAUACACAGCCAUGCAAAGAGCAUUGGAACCGACGUCAUCCUCGCCUCGCCGUCUUCGGACACCCAAACGCAGCUUUACCAAGAAGGAUUUGCACCUCACCAGGUCCAGAACCUUUCGUGCGCUCUCGAGGCUUUCCGGGUAGCUUGUCCGGCUAAAAAUUCCACUCCCUUAUCGGAGUUGUUGCCAGUCCUACAGAAAAUAUCAUGGCCUGGUAGGCUGCAGACCAUCGACAUCGGCAAGAUCAUUGGUAGCAGUAAAUCAGCAUUGUUGGACGGUGCACACAAUGUCCAAUCGGCAGAAGUUUUGGCUCAGCAUGUCGAUGUCCAUCUUAGGAAUGGAAAUGAGCCAGUCACGUGGGUUCUGGCUGCUUCUGCUGGGAAGGAUGUGACAGGAAUAUUUGAGCUUUUGAUAAAGCCACAGGACCGAGUGGCAGCAGUCCGAUUUGGGCCGGUAGACGGCAUGCCAUGGGUUACCCCUGAGGACCCCGAUUUGAUCCUCAAAUUGGCUUCUGGCCUGGGGGUAGAUAGGUUUGGCCUUUUCAACGCCGACAUGGACCUUGAGCGAGCUUUGAAAUGGGCCGCUUCCACAAGUCGUGAUCAGCCUGUUGUAAUUGCUGGAAGCCUGUAUUUAGCUGGUGAUGUUCUCAGACUUUUGAGAUAG